AUGUCCUCCACCCGCUUCAUUUGCCAGUGCUGCAGUCAGCCGCUGAAACUGAAUCGGUCCGCGGGGACCGUGGGCCUCAGCACCGUUCAUCAGCUGCCAGCUUCACCGCUCCCCUUGUCUCCCCGGAAGUCAGAAGGGACCCAGGAAUUCGAUCCUACUUCCAGGAAGGAGACAGAUACCCAAACUCUACAAGAUGGUGCUUCUUACAGGCCCUUCCUGGACGACUGCACGAUGUCCUGGGAGACUUCCAUAUCCUGGGAGAAUUCUGACAUCUUUACCCUGGUCGGGAACGUGGGUGCCAUGAGAUCACUUAACAGCAUCCAGAAGACCACCGUGGACAUACAUGACAUCCUCUCUGGUGAGAAAGAUAUAGAUCACCCUGUGUGUGUGGAGUGCACUGACAAUCUUCUAAAGCAGCUAGACACUAAACUCACGAUCACAGAAUCUAAGAGUCAGAUCUACAAACGUUGCUUGGAGACCAGGGAUCUGACUACACGUGAAGAUGAGAUGGAGAUGUUGCAGCUGGAGAUGAAGGGCCUGCAGCUGGAGGAGGUGAGGUUGGUCCAGGAGUUGGAUAAUGUGAACAGGAACUGGAAACAGGUAGCAGGAGAUCUCGAGGAAGCCCAGGCAGAGACUGAGGCGUUGGACCAGCAGGAGAAGCAGUACCAGACAGACUACAGCGCCUUGAAACUCCAAGAACUGGAACUUUUUGAUGAGCUGAUGAGCUUGGAGAACCGGCUGCAGUACGCCCAGAUCCAGCUGAGCCGGCUGACCAAAAACACCAUCUUCCACAUGGUAUUUGACAUACGGCAUGAAAGCUCUUUGGGCAUCAUCAAUAACUUCAAGCUGGGCUGCCUCCCCACUGUCCCUGUGAGCUGGAGUGAGAUCAAUGCUGCCUGGGGACAGACAGCUCUGCUGCUCCUAGCCCUGUCCAAGAAAAUGGGAUUAGAAUUUCAGAGGUAUCAACUUGUCCCCUGUGGAAGCCAUUCCUAUCUGAAGUCUCUAACAGAUGACUCUGUUGAGCUGCCAUUAUUUUGUUAUGGAGGGCAGAGUGUAUUCUUGGAUAAUACGUUUGACCUUGCGAUGGUGGCUUUCCUGGACUGUUUGCAGCAGUUCAAGGAAGAGGCGGAGAAAAGAGGUCUCCGCAUGCCCUACAGAAUCAAUGUGAAGAGGGGCCAGAUGGAAGACCCUGGAGCUGGAGGUAAAUACUAUUCCAUCAGGACCCUCUUGAACACUGAAAAACAGUGGACAAAGGCACUCAAAUACAUGCUUGUGAAUCUGAAGUGGGGCCUCCUUAAGGUAACAUAA